GUUCCAUACUUUCUGGAACUCUGAUGGAAGUCAUGCAAGAUAAGGACGAUAACAGAUGGACCUGUCCCGAGUCCUUGUGUGCGGACCUUAUGCAAUUGUGAUUGCUACUCAGACGGGUAAACAGGGUUAGGCCAGCUGGCGCCGCAGUUCGGCUCUUCUCUCAAGUACAAAUCUUUAGUACUCGAGCACAGGAUUUGCAGUGUCAAUGCUCCGAGUCAGCGCUCAUGUCGAUUUCAAGCAGGCACAUUCACACACCCCAGCUUGUCACUUGACUCUUUCCUCCAGAUGAAACCAGAAAACAAUAUCGACACUUCCCAAGUGAAAGGGAACGCUUCUCUGGAGAUAAAACUUACAUUGCUAAACUCCUUGGUGCAGCUGAGCCGCCGUGAUGUCUUGCGUUCGACUGGCAAACCCUUCAGAGGUUUCGCAGCCGAAUUCGUGUCCCGGAUGCAACUAGCAGAGGCAUCUACCUUGUCAAAGGCAGAGGAGCCCGACAAACUCGAGGGACGUACUGUCUUUGAGGUGAUUGUCGAUGAAGACAUGGCCAAUGAACUUGAAGUUGGAACCAUGCACGGUGGCUGUCUGGCCAUGCUAAUUGAACUCUGCUCGCCAACGCCCAUUUAUGUUCUUAGGGCUUCGACAGGCGCUCAUGGCGUAUUCGGUGUACAACAGUCUUUGAAUAUUGUGUUCCACUCACCAGCAGUGCCGGGCGAUAAGCUGCACAUCGUGAGCACGACACUUGCCCUUGGUAGCCGGGUACGCUCGGGUCGUUGUGAAGUAUGGAAUGUAACGCGACACCGACUAGUCGCAUCAGCUGCAUACAUCAACAUGGUUCCAUCUGAAUCAUCCAAACUCUGACCAACGUGCACGAGUUGUCAUGUUGAUUCCUUACACAUAACACGAUCCUGAUUCCUGACUGCCUGAAAAGUUUAUUU